AUGGGAAUCGGUGGCGCGAUGGUCAAAGUCAGCGCACCGGCGCUUCUGCAAGAGACGGCCCAUCCGCGCCUACGUCCCACCGUGGGUUCACUGUACUAUGGUUGCUAUUACAUUGGCUCCCUGCUAAGCUCAAUCAUGUGCAUUCUCGCCACAGUUCCCGAGUCCCCAAAAUUUCUGCUACUCAAGGGCCAGGAAGACAAGGCGCUUCAAAUGCUUGCGAAGUAUCAUGCCAACGGCGACAUCAACGAUGAACUCGUGCAAUGGGAGUUCCGAGAGAUGAAGGAAGCCAUCAAAGCAGAGGCAACAAGUCACAAGACCUCUUAUCUGGACUUCUUCCGGACAACCGGUAACCGUAAGCGUCUGUUCGUCUCCGCAGUGAUGGCAAUCGGCGUCAACUGGGUUGGAAAUGGAAUCGUUGGAUACCAUCUCGCGCCUGUUCUGAGAUCUGUCGGUAUUUCGAAGCCCCAGGACAUUCUUUCCGUCAAUGCUGGACUCGCCGGCUGGAAUCUCAUCGUGGCCGAGAUCGCUGGCCUAUACGUCGAAGACUUUGGCCGCCGUCCUAUCUUCUUUGUAUCGAUGCUAGGCAUGAUAAUUAGCUGCUCAUUCGUGAUGGGAUUCUCUGCCGGCUUUGCUGAAACUGGCACAACAGCCCUUGGAGUGGCGGCAGUCCCUUUCCUCUUUCUCUUCUUCGGCUCGUACGACAUCGCCUGGACGACGCUCAACUACACGUAUGUCGCCGAGCUAAUGCCUUUCAGCCUGAGAACCAAAGGGCUUGCCAUCUACCUUUGCGUCCAGCAGCUUGGCAAUACUUUCAACCAAUUCGUCAACCCGAUUGCUCUGCAGGCGCUGACGUGGCGCUACUACGCCGUGUACAUUGCGGUGGACUGCCUCUAUGCCGUCAUUAUCUACUUCUGCUUCCCUGAGACAAAGAAGAUGUCUAUUGAGGAGGCUUCGAUGAUUUUUGGCAGCCUGCGUCGAAGAAUGGAUUUCGAAUCGGUCCAAGGGUCGGUUUUUGCUGAGACCGUAGGUCAAGAUGCAAUGUGUUCUUCAUUACAGAGAGAGAGGCCAGGAAGCUUGCAGUCUGAGGGUGUGUUGAAGGAGAGAACGUCUACGUGA